AUGCCGCCUGCAGUCCCUGCUCCUAAUUUGACUGCUGUUGCCUCAAAAAGAGGCCCGGUUGAACCACAACUUGCCCCAAGUGCAAGUUCGGCUUCGAAUAAAAAAAGUAAAAAGCACAAAAAGUCUGAUUUGACUUCGUGGGAGAGCGCUUGUGACCGCGUGCUUAAUCGUUUGGGUAAGAUCGAGCAAGUAUCUAAACUUCACUUCAACCAUCCACUAUUGGAGGUAUUUCCUCAGCUUGCUACGGAAUAUAAGAGCCUUAUUGCUGAGCCUAUGGAUCUGCGCACAUUACGUGAACAGCUGCAUGCGCACGCGCUCACUCAAGCUGAUUUUCUGUAUAAUGGUAGAUUGAUAUUUCAGAAUGCUAUGCGGUUCAAUUGUGCUGAUGAUUCCGCGUCAACUCAAGUGCGCGAAAUGUCUGCCCACCUACUGUGGUACUUUGAUUCGUUGUGUGCUGAGAUGUUGAUUACUUCGGGGCCUGAGGUAACAGGUGAGCAGAGUCGCGCCAAGCGGGAUCAAUUGAGACGCGAGCGUGCCGAGUUUGUCAGCACCGUCCCAGUAGAGUUGAAAGCCAAAGAAUGUCAGAAGCUGCUUCGGGUAUUAAACAGCCAGAAACACGACAAAAAUUGCUGGCCAUUUCGUAAGCCUGUUCGUGUGUUAUUUCCCGCACUGACGUCGGAUUAUUUUGACAUUGUCAAGACACCAAUGGACUUGUCGACGAUUGCUGAAAAACUAACGGCGUUUGAGUACAAAAUGCACGGGGACUUUAUUCGGGAUGUGCGCCUGACGUUCGAAAAUGCUAUGGUUUACAAUCGGGCGGACAAGGAUCGCGAAGGAUGGAGUGUGUAUUCUGCAGCAGUGCACAUGUUGGCUGUAGUGAAUGACUUGUGGAGUGAUGUGACACUGGACGUGACUGAGAAGACGCGACGUCGGGAACUACUACGAAAGGAACGAAUGAACGAGUCAAAGCGAAAGCGGAGCGAAAUGUCGGAUGAGCGUGAAAAGAAAUCGCAAAAGCAUCUCUCUCAAGCUGCUAACGAUGCAGACUCUGGCUGCAAGCCCCACAAAAGCACAGUGGAAGGGGGAACAACUGCUACUGGUAGUGAUGCAAGUUUGGUGAUGCCUAGCAAGCGCACACCCUCAACAGCUCCUGUCGACACAGCUACUUCUGUCGUGGGAACGAUCGUCGUCGGUGGCACGAAUAGCUCAAGGGAGGAUGCAAAUAUUUCGGAUGCGACAGCGACCCGAGUAAAAUUGCAACUUAUGCCAAACAGACCAAAUAUGGACCGCAUGAACAAGCAAGAGCGUAAGGCCGAAGAAAAACGGCGAAAGCGAGCCCGACGUGAAGAGGAAAUGGCACGAACAGAGAAGAGACGUCGUACAGCUGUGGCAGCCACUGACGAUGCUUUACGUGAAGCUGAAAUUCGAAGUCGACGUAAACUUCAGAAGCUGGAAAUAGCAGAAGCAGUACGUUUGCGUGAAGAGCGAGAGCGUCGCGCUGCAGAAGAGGAGGCAGAGCGCGCACGUCGGGCACAGAUGAAAUUAGACACUGCAGCGUGGACAGGUGUAUUGCUGCCAGUUUCAAAUGCUUCAACGAGCAAACGGGCGGGAUUCUGGUUGAAGAAAUACACAAAGCUUCAGAUUCCUAUGGCGUUUCAAACACCAGCUAUAAAUGCUUAG